CCGUCAAGGGAGUUGAAGGAAAAAGUUCUCCGGCGCCGCAGGUCCGGGUCUCUCUCAGCCCCUCCCGAGGCGCAGCCGCCAGACCAGUGGAGCCGGGGCGCAGGGCGGGGGCGGAGGCGCCGGGGCGGGGGAUGCGGGACCGCGGCGCAGCCCCUCGGCCCUAAGAGCGAGGAAAGCGCCGCUCCCGACGCCCAGCGCCGCCCUCACCUCUUCUCCAGUCUCGGCCCGUCGAGCCGGGGCGCCCGGGCGGAGCCCUCGCGCGCCUGGUUAAGGGGUGCGCGUCGGGAGAGGCAGAAGCCAUGGAUCCCGGGCAGCAACCGCCGCCUCAGCCGGUCCCCCAGGGCCAAGGGCAGCCGCCCACGCAGCCCCCCCAGGGGCAGGACCCGCCGUCCCGGACCGGGCAGCAGGCGCCCCCGGGCUCCCAGGCGGCGCCGCAGGCCCCCCCAGCCGGGCAUCAAAUAGUGCACGUCCGGGGGGACUCGGAGACCGACCUGGAGGCGCUCUUCAACGCCGUCAUGAACCCCAAGACGGCCAACGUGCCCCCGACUGUGCCCAUGAGGCUCCGGAAGCUGCCGGAUUCCUUCUUUAAGCCGCCGGAGCCCAAAUCCCACUCCCGACAGGUCAGUACUGAUGCAGGAACUGCAGGAGCCCUGGCUCCACAGCAUGUUCGAGCACAUUCCUCUCCAGCUUCCCUGCAGCUGGGAGCAGUUUCUCCUGGGACGCUGAGCCCCACUGGAGUAGUCUCUGGCCCAGCAGCUGCACCCACUGCCCAACAUCUUCGGCAGUCUUCUUUUGAAAUACCUGAUGAUGUACCUCUGCCAGCAGGCUGGGAAAUGGCAAAAACAUCUUCUGGUCAGAGAUACUUCUUGAAUCACAUCGAUCAGACUACAACAUGGCAGGACCCCAGGAAGGCCAUGCUCUCUCAGAUGAACGUUACAGCCCCCACCAGUCCACCAGUGCAGCAGAGUAUGAUAAACUCGGCCUCAGGUCCUCUUCCUGAUGGAUGGGAACAAGCCAUGACUCAGGAUGGAGAAAUUUACUAUAUAAACCAUAAGAACAAGACCACCUCUUGGCUAGACCCAAGGCUUGACCCUCGUUUUGCCAUCAACCAGAGAAUCAGUCAGAGUGCUCCAGUGAAGCAGCCUCCACCUCUGGCUCCCCAGAGCCCACAGGGAGGAGUCAUGGGUGGUGGCAAUUCCAACCAGCAGCAGCAGAUGCGACUGCAGCAACUGCAGAUGGAGAAAGAGAGACUGCGACUGAAGCAGCAAGAACUGCUCCGGCAGGCAAUGCGGAAUAUCAAUCCCAGCACAGCAAAUUCUCCAAAAUGUCAGGAAUUAGCUCUCCGUAGCCAGUUACCAACAUUGGAACAGGAUGGUGGGACUCAAAAUCCAGUGUCUUCUCCAGGGAUGUCACAGGAACUGAGAACAAUGACAACCAAUAGUUCAGAUCCCUUUCUUAACAGUGGCACCUAUCACUCUCGAGAUGAGAGUACAGACAGUGGCCUAAGCAUGAGCAGCUACAGUGUCCCCCGGACCCCAGAUGAUUUCCUGAACAGUGUUGAUGAAAUGGAUACAGGUGAUACUAUCAACCAAAGCACCCUACCCUCACAGCAGAACCGUUUCCCCGACUACCUUGAAGCCAUUCCUGGGACAAAUGUGGACCUUGGAACACUGGAAGGAGAUGGAAUGAACAUAGAAGGAGAGGAGUUGAUGCCAAGUCUGCAGGAAGCUUUGAGUUCUGACAUCCUUAAUGACAUGGAAUCUGUUUUGGCUGCCACCAAGCUAGAUAAAGAAAGCUUUCUUACAUGGUUAUAGAGCCCUCAGGUAGACUGAAUUCUAAAUCUGUGAAGGAUCUAAGGAGAUAAGAUGUAUAUACCUGAAAUUUCCAAAUAAGGCAGUUGCAAUCUUCUGGCUCAUACAGAAAAAGAUGAACAAACGUCCAGCAAGAUUCUCUCAUCUACUAUUUUGCUCUUCCUUGUCCAUUGCUGCUGUUAAUAUAUUGCUGACCUCUUUCACAGUUGGCUGUAAAGAAUCAAAAAAAAAAAAAAAAACACCUUUUUUGUUUCUUUUGCUAUUAUAACUACUGUUCGUUUUGAGGGCUGGGGAAAGUGAGCCUGUUUGGAUGAUGGAUGCCAUUCCUUUUGCCCAGUUAGAUGUUCAACGAUCGUUUUAACUAAAUACUCGGACUUGGAAGUCAAAUGCUUCAUGUCACAGCAUUUAGUUUGUUCAAGCAAUUGUUUCUUCAGCUGCCUUUGGUCAGUGGGAAAACAUGACUUACUGGUCUUACAAGCCAAAAAAUGUUGUAUCUGAUAUUAUGUACUUAAUGCUGAUUUGAAGAGAUAGCUGAAA